AGAACCGGCGCGGUCCCGACAUCCCUGCGCAUCCCGCAGCCCCGCCGGGGAUGCCGCCGCCCGCCGGGCCCUGAGCGCCGGGACGCCGGCGGCCGCCGGCCCCGCUCCGCCGCCCCCCGCCCCCGCCGGAGCCGCCGCCGGGACCAUGGAGGUCGUGGAGGCCAGCACCCUUCAGCAGGAGAGGCUGCAGGCCAUCGCGGAGAAGCGGAAGCGUCAGACGGAGAUCGAGAACAAAAGGCGGCAGCUCGAGGAUGACAGGCGGCAGCUGCAGCAUCUCAAGUCCAAGGCUCUGCGGGAGAGAUGGCUCCUGGAGGGGGCCCCAGCUUCUGCCUCCGAGGAGGAAGAGGCCAUGAAGAAACAGAUGCAGGAGGAUGAGGUGAAGACCAAGGAGCUGGAGGAAACCAUCCAGAGGCUGGAGAAGGAGCUGGAGAUGCUGGAGAACAGCAGCUCAGUGGCUUCGACCAAGGAGAACCUGGCAGAGGCAGCAGCCAAGGAGGAGAAGAAGGCUGAGGCUGUCCCCAACACGCAGAAGAGUCCUCUGGGCACAGUUAAGGCUGACAAGAGGGUCUCCAGCAGCCCCCUGAAGGCAGUGGAAGGCAGUGAGAUGAUGAAGGCGGCCAUGUACUCGGUGGAGAUCACAGUGGAGAAGGACAGAGUGACUGGGGAGACCAAGGUCCUGUCCAGCACCACCAUGCUCCCCCAGAACCACUGUCUGCAGGGGGUCAAGGUGUACGAGGAUGAGCUGAAAGUGGUGCAUGCGGUGAGUGCCGAGGACGGGGCCCUGCAGAACGGGGCUCACCCGCUCAGCUCCUCCGAGGUCGACGAGCUCCUGCACAAGGCGGACGAGGCCACCCUGAGCGAAGCCGCCGGGCGCCAGACCCCGGCCAAGGCCGGCAAGGGCGGUGGCAGCGCCCCCGGCAGCCAGAAGCCGACGCCGCGGCGGGAGAUCACGGGGCUGCAAGCCAAGGUGCCACCGGGCGAGGGGACAGAGGCCAGCCAGGAGCAACCCGUCACCAUGAUCUUCAUGGGCUACCAGAACGUGGAGGAUGAGAACGAGACCAAGAAGGUGCUGGGGCUGGAGGGCACCAUCAAGGCGGAGCUGGUGGUGAUCGAGGAUGCCGAGAGCAAGGCGGAGCCGGCACACAAGGACCACACGCCGCCCAACGGCACCGCCCUGGAGCCGGCGGCCGCCCAGCCCCUGGGCGAGGAGGGCUCGGGCGGGCAGAAGCCGGGUGCCAACGCCACAGAUGCCAAGGAGGCCGAGCAGGAGACAGACGUGAAGAAGCAGCGCUGCAAGUGCUGCACGGUGAUGUGAGCCCCCGCCGAGCCCCUUCCCCCCCGGGCUGCCCCCCCCCACCGGACACGGCCCCUCUUUCUGCACAACCGGGGAGAUCCAACGUGGUGCCAAUGGGGCCGGGGCGAUGCCCGCCCCAUCCGCCCGAUGCCAGCCCCGUGCCGCCCCCCACCAGCGCUGCCUGUGGUAUUUAUUAGUGACCCCCCUCGCCCCACGGUGCGCCCACCCCAUCACAGCCCCGCCUCGUCGCCACCGGCAGCGGGGCCGUUCCCUCUGUCACCGACACUGUCCCACCCCCGUCGGAGGAUGGAGCCGCCGGGCAGGGGAUCGGAGGACGACGCUGUGUCCGUGGAUGACUCCCCGGGAGCCGCCACCAGCGGGACCCACCCUCGGCCCAGCCCACGGUGGGCAUCGGAGCCAGCCCUGUGCCAGCCCCUCCCUCUGUGCCUCCAUCACCCGCUCCUCCAGCGGGGCACGGCCGGGCUCUGCUGGCCGCUGGCUGCCCGUGGACAUCUCUGCUCCAUCUCGUGUCCUCCUCACCCCCUGCGCUCCCCAAGCCCUCGAGGGCAGGGCGUGCCCAGGGCAUGGAGGGCAGCGUCCAUCCCUCCCUGGUACUCGGCUGUGGUGAUGGCCAGGGCAACGUGGGGCUCCUGCAGGGCCAGCCCAGGCUGUCCCCAGGCCAGCUCUGCUCCUCCCGGGCUCAGCUCCACGAGUUGGAGCCCUCACUCUGCUGCUGGCAGUGACAGCCAUUCUUCUGUCUCGGCUGCCAGCCGGUGCCACUGGGCUCUGCCAGCUCAGGGGGCUGAACUGUGCCCGUGUCCCCCGGGGCAAUGCCAGUGAGGGAAGGGCAACUUGGGGGGCCAGUCUUGUGGGGCAGGAAUGGGCUGGGGGUCCUGUGUUUCCUCGUGGCAGCAGGAGUGUGGCUCAGCAUCCUCUGUUCCCUUCCUGCUCCUGCCACUCAGCAGCUCUGCAGAGCCACGUUCUGGGGUCCUGGGCUGCACCUUUGGGUCCCCCAGGGGAGUGGGGCAGCCCAGUUGACCCCAGUAUUGGCACUGGCAGCUGCCAGGGGUCUGGUGUCCCACAGAGGGCAGCCUCCCUGCUGCCCACCCUGCACCCCAGCCCUUCAGUGGGGAUUUCACCACCAGCACCAGCGUUUCCUCCCCACUGAGACCAGCUGGGGUAGGCGGGGGGGCCCCCAUGGUUUUUGGUCCCCAGUGCCCACAUCAGCUGCCUCUGCGCUGCAGCAGCUGGGCUGGCAGUGCCCAGAGGUGCAGCCACUAGUGAGGGAUCCUUGUUCAAGUGUGAGAGGGUUCCUUGUGCUGUGAGGCUGGGCAAGUCCCCGGGGGUCCCCCAAAAUGUGCGUGGAGCAGCAUCCAAGCUGCCCAGCCCACCAGGACACCAGUGGUCGAGCAGCCAGGGACGGGGCUCAGCUCCCCCAAGGAUGGGCCUUCCUUCCCCACAGUCCCCUUGUGUGAGCAGUGACACCCCCUGUCCCCAUGCCAUCCCCGUUGUCCCCCAGGUACCACCCAGGCUGCAGUUUUCCCCCCAGUAGAGUCACUGCAGGGCUGAGGGAGGAGGGCUCAUGGUGCCACCCCUGUCCUGAGCCCCGGCCAGAGCCCCUGGGAGAGGCAGGGCUGGGGAAGGGGGCUUUGGGAGGGCACUGCCAGGGGGAGGGGGGCCUCUCCUGCCCCCUCCACUGCUGGGCAUCGCUGGAGCCCCACUGCUGCAGAGCAGGGCACGGGCUGGGUGCCACAGUGCCCCCACAGUCCUGGGGGGAAUGUCACCUCUUGCCACCCCUCAUCAGGGGCCAACACCACCCAUCCCAUCCCACCCUGGGCCCUGCAAUCCCCCCAGCCCCAAGCUGGGGCUCCCUCCCCCCCUGGCACCCCCUGCCCCUCGGCUGGCUUUGACCCCCAGCCCCAUCCGGCCCCGGGGGUGGUGGGGAGCAGGACCAGACCCCCGGGCGGGGGCUGGGGUGUGAGAGGAGGGCGUGGUGGGCCUGGCAUCGUCCCCACCCCGCCCCACAGCGCCCCUGUCCCCUCCCAGCUCUGCUGAAGUGCACUUCCCGUGCCCCUGAGCUUUUCACUUGUGCCGAAGCCGUUUGAAUUCCCUUCCCUUCCCUUUCCCAUCCCAUUCCCCCCCCACCCCCACCCCGUUGUUUGUAAAACACCCAAAACCGAGCAAAUAAAACUGUGUGAACAACCA